AUGGUUGGCUUUCAUGGAAUUACGAUAUCUUUUAAUGGCAGGGACGAUACGAAUACUGGAGAAAAUCCAAAGGAUUUGAUGGCCGUGCUGAUGGAACUCGGGGCUAUUCCGGCACUACGUGGAGCUCGGCGGCAGCAAUCCUAUCUCAUCGAAUGCUUCGGAAAUGGUCUUCCAAGUGAGGAAAAUGAUGAGGAUCUCCGAAAAGAACGAUGCCGUGAGAAAUUCGACGCCAUCUUCGCGUAUCUCAGCAAAGUACGCUCAUUCAGGGCUUGGGAUCAGAGCGCAAAAUUGCGAAUGGCUGCAGAGCCGUUGAUUGAAGAGUUACGUGAAGCAAAGAUAGAUGCGCUGCGCGCAGAUCUUGGGCGUAUUCAUGCGGAGUGCAAAUUGGUGGUUGCUUCCCAAGAACUACCUAGCACUGUGUUUGAAAACUUCGAUAGUGGGAUAUUUGCUAUCCUGACUGUCAAAGCACUUUCUCUCUCUGCCACGGUCAUGCUCAACCAAACAAUUGGCCGCAAUCUGCGAACAGAUGAACAAACACAAUCAGCGGCGCAUGAGCUGAUCCAAAUUUCCCGAAUAUUUAGAAAGUCCCAACGCCUUGUUUCGCCUUGCUCGACUAUUUGGCCCCUUCCAAUUUUCUUCGCUGGGAUUGGGGUCACCGAUGAGAUUUACCAGGAUUGGGCUUUGGAUUAUAUGAAAGAGCUUGAACAUUGGGGAGCCCAUGUCGUCAAAGCCAAGGAUACCAUGGACCAGUUUAUUAGGAUGCAAACCAAAGAUGGCGACAGAAGUUUCAGCAUCAACGCCUAA